AUGACGGCAAACGACCAAUGCCCGAAGAAAUCACGCCGUCUAUUCGUCUGGGACCGCUCGUCGAAAGUGCAAUUCCUUGUGGAUACCGGGGCAGACCUCUGCGUCUUCCCCCGACAACGACUCCGUGGCUCGCAUGCAAAGUCCUCUUACGAACUUUCAGCAGCCAACGGCACCCCGAUAGCAACAUACGGGUUUGUCACGCUUUCACUCAACUUGGGACUAAGACGCGACUUCACUUGGAGGUUCGUCAUCGCAGACGUCUCCAAGCCAAUCCUCGGCGCAGAUUUUUUGGCUCACUACGGACUCUUGCCAGACCUGCAGAAUAGCCAGCUGAUCGACUCGACCACUCUGCUUACCUUCAAAGGAAAGGUGACCGAGUGCGAAGAACCAAGCAUAAAACGAUCAGCGGGUCAUCAAUGUUUCACGAUUUACUGCGAGAGUUCCCGGAGAUCACACGCCCAGAUGGUGCACCCCGGGCCACCAGUCGCGCAAAAACCGCGACGGUUAGCUCCAGACAAACUUAGAGCAGCCCAAAAGGAGUUCAACAAGAUGGUUCAGAUGGGUAUCGCCCGUCCAGGAAAAGGAUCGUGGGCAUCGCCUCUUCACAUGGUUCCCAAGAAGGGGACGACGAAUGGCGAGCCUGCGGCGAUUAUCGCGCAUUGA